AUGUCGAAUUCCGAAGAGCCACCUCAGAAGAAGAGGAAGAUGGAGGCGUCUCCGGCGUCGUCUCUGCUAACGUCGCUGCCAGAUGAUGUGGCUCUGAACUGCCUGGCUCGAGUCUCGAGAUUGGAUCGUGCGGCCUUAUCUGUGGCCGGCAAGAGCUAUCGAUCUCUAGUGGCUUCCCCUGAUCUCGACAAGAUCCGAUCGCAGAUGGGUCGCACCGAAACAUGCGUCUACGUAUGCUUACGAACCCCUCCUCCUGAUCCAAACCUUGGCUGGUAUAUCCUCCGCCGCAGAGAAACACUAGACGGCUCCUCCCCCGAUCUGAUCCCGAUCUCCUCGCUCCCCUCUCAGGCUCCGGAAGCAUUCUCCGUGGUGGCGGUGGAUUGGGGGAUUUAUGUGAUGGGUGGAAUGAUAAAGGGGAAGGCCACUUCCGAUGUGUGGCUCUUGGAUUGUCGGAGUCACACGUGGCGCAGCGUCCCUUCAAUGGGAGUGGCUCGAGCUUACGCGGCCGCUGGCGUCGUAGACGGGAAGAUUUACGUGUUAGGAGGCUGCGACGUGGUGGGUAAGCUUGGAGAGGUGUUCGACCCAAAGACUCAAACUUGGAAAACUCUGCGGCGGGCUCAGAAGAAGGGCAAUAAUAUGAUCCACGACAGUGUGGUGAGGGAUCAAAAGGUUUACGCAGUGGAUGGAAACGAUAGAACCUUUUACUACUCGCCGAGGGAAGGUAAAUGGGGAAAUGGGAAUCGUGGUCAAGCGAGUGGGAACAGAAGGGAUUGGUGUAUGGUUGAUAAUCUCAUCUUCUGUCUUAGCAGAAAGGGGACCAUCUUUUGGUGUGAGCCAGAUGAGUUGGAGUUGCGUGAACCAGAGGGGAUGAUGGAUACCAAGGAGGUCAAGGGUUUGGGCUCUUUGACUUUGAGUCUCCUUCAUUCCAGAGUGGUCCACUUUGGUGAGAAGCUGCUCCAUCGGUGGGACCAAUAUAAGAUCAAAUAUGGUAUAAGACAGGAGUUGGAAGAUUUAAAUCCGAGGCCGGUUUGUGAAAGCCAGGAGUUGGAAGAUUUACUUCCCGGGGCUAGACUGAGCAACUCUGGUGGGAACAUUCUGCUCUUCUGGGACGUCAUCAAUGGGGAUCGUCUUGAGAUCUGGUGUGCAGAGAUCUCCGUGGAGAGACGAGCCCAAGGAGGUGAGAUUUGGGGCAAUAUUGAGUGGUCAAGUGCUGUCAUGACUCUUGAUCCUUUCAUAGAUCACCACAAGAUUUUGCAUUCUGUUUCUGUCACUCUCUGA